AUGAUUGCAACGGGAAUUAGCUCACUUCUUACGCUUGCGUUGGUGCCUCUUCCCUCCCCGAGCGUUGGUGCCUCUUCCCUCCCCUAUGAUAAGACGGCUAUCCUAAGCUGCACUGCGGAAGACACAUUUGCCCUCGCCUUUGACGACGGACCGUACGCUUACACCCAGGAACUCCUAGGCAUCCUUGAUAAAUAUGAUGCAAAAGCUACAUUCUUCGUGAAUGGCAGAAAUCGUGGUAACAUCGAGGAUUACGCACCGCUCUUACAACGGGAGAUAGAAGCAGGACACCAAAUUGGUUGGGACCAUAAGCUACGCUUGGAUGAAGCAUUCGAAGCUGACAUCCGGCGCGAGAUGGACACACUUGAUGAGAAAUUGUGCGAGCUCAUUCAACGCAGCCCGACGUAUAUGAGGCCACCCUAUAUGGCAUAUGAUGAUAAUGUUCUGGAGAUCCUCCAAGAUUAUCAUGUCAUCGUCACGGACCUGAUCAUUGGUGACACCGAGGAAAAUGCUACGGCCAAGGGAACUUUCAAACGCUUCAAGAAUGGGGUGGAAGAAGGGCACUCGCUUCUCCUAGCUCAUGAUCCUGUGCAGAUGACUGUGGAGGAAUUGACUGAGAUGAUGUUGCAACAUCUCCAGGAUAAUGGUAUCAAAGGUAUGGUGUCCCUUGUCCGAUAUUUAUCUCAAAACGGCAUGAUAUACGGUUACGGUUCGGAGUGCUUGGGCGAUGACGAUCCAGAAAACUGGUAUCGAAUGUGUGAUGAGUCCGGGUCAUCAUAA